AUGUCCGGCAUUCAGGACGUUAUCGUACGUUUUCACCUUUUUUUAAAACCUUUCUUCCGGUGUUGUUUACUUUUUGACAAAUCGUUUCGCAUACAAAAGAUUUGUGUUCAAAUUAAGGCAAGUCUUGUUUCUGAUUUUUUUUUUUCCGCUGCAGCGAAAUUGACUUUUAUUUUGAAUUUUUUUAUUGGAGAAAUGAAUAUUUUUCUUUUUCAUAAUUAUACCCCGAUUGAAACCAUUUAAGUAAUUUCAAAUAUAAGAAGAGCCUUUGAAUUUUUAAUUAUUAGAUGGGAAUAGGUUUUUUUAAUGAUUUUAAAAGUCUACUGAAAUUUCUAAUCCUACACUUACUAAUUUCAAUUAAUUCAGCGUUACUUUCAAAGAAAACAUACGUUUCAAAGUCAACACUUUACCUUUUGUCAUGGUUGAGACAAUUUGAUCGAAGUCAACCAAUUUUUCGAUUACUGCGUUGUAAAAAGCGUCCAGAUGGAAGAGACUGAGGAGCAGAGGCACCAUUCCGAAAUGAUUCAGGAUGAAACUUCUUUUAGGAAAACAAGUUGACCGGCCGCGGCGGCAACCAACAGCCACAGCAGCAGCACAACUCCAGCCAGCCUUCCGAUAUGAACAACUACAACAACCAGGGCUACCAGCAGCCGUCCUACGGAAACGCCGGCUACAACCAAGGAGGCUAUCCGCCUCAGCAGCCCCAGUACGGCGGCGGUGGCGGAUAUCCUCCGCAACAGUCGGGAUACCCUCCGCAGCAGUCCGGAUAUCCUCCGCAGCAAUCUGGUUAUCCGCCCCAACAGCCUGGAUAUCCAGUCAAUGAGGUUCGUUUUCAUUUUGAAACCAGAAUUUAUAUAAACUAGACUUCUUUUUUGAACGCUACUGAAAAGGCAAGUUUUUCAGAUUAAUAGAAGGCUUUUUUUAAAAAUUUUUUGCUGAAAAUUUCGAACCCUGGUUUUAUUUUUUUGAAGUUUUUAUUAACGCUUUUUACAAAGUUCCCAUUUUUCUGAUUGUUUUUAAUUUAUAAGAAGCCAAAAUUCAUUUUUUUUUUUUAAAUUUUAGUUUAUUAUUUUUGGUAACCAAAAUAACCCUCUUCGCUCUCAAGUUAUGAUUGUGUACUUUGAAUCUAAUUUGGUCUCUUCUCUCAUUUAAAAAAGUUCAAAAAGAUUCGCGUAGGGGUUCUAAAUAUAUUUACACUCUGACGGAAGAACGUCUGCGGAUGAAUUUUUGUCGAUAGAACUUGCGCCGUUCGAAAAUCAAUACUUGUUGAGACGUGGACAACAACAAUUCGUUUGUUUUCCUUCUCCUCUCGAACUUCCAGCUUUCGAGAUAAAAUGUGAAAAAAAAAUUGAGAUAAAUUUUAGAAAACUGCAUUUUGGGGUGAUUGAAAGGGCUUGAAAGGAACGAAAUUGAUCUUUAAAAGAAACAUUAAAUUUUAUAUGAAAUUUUAAAAAUAAAAAAAGGACUUGCAUAUUGAUAGAUAUAUCUUUUAAAUGCAGAUAACGAGUUCUCUCGCAAAAUGGAUUCAGGCUGAAAAAAAAGUAGCUCGAAAGUUUCAGAUGCCGUAUCCUGGAGGCCAGCCUUCGGGUUAUCCUCAACCCCCAGGCAUCGGCUUCAACACGGGAAUGGGCAGCGGCUAUCCGCCACAGCAGCCGUCCGGGUACCCUCCGCAGCAGUCGUCGUACCCUCCGCAACACGGCGCAGGCCAUCCGCAGCAAGGCUAUCCCCCGCAGCAGCCGCCGCAGCAGCACUACGGCGGCGGCGGAUCUAAUUUCUACCCGAAUCAAGGCUUUGGCCAGCCUGGUGGGUCUUUAUUAUCCUUUUCAAAACUCGCGUAUUUUCGGAGUGCUUUUUUUUGCAUUUUACAGGGCUUGAAAAACGAUUUCAAUUUAUCAAAGCCAACCUUGUUCUUUCAUUUUUUUUUUCUUUUUUUUCUUCUCUUCGCCUUUUCUUUCAAAUAUUUAUACCUCUCAUCUAUUUUCUAUCAUAUAUCAGUGGUCACUGAUUUAGAAAAGAAACUAUUUGAAAAAAAAUGUAAAAAGUUUUAUGUUUGGGGGACCGUCCCAUAGUUUUCUUUGCUAAUGGAAAACGCCAUUGAUUUCAUAUAUUUUCCCGUUUUGCGCGCUUUUGUGUAUUCUCCUGUGUUGUAUGUUUUUGAUACGUUUCCUGCUCGAUUUUCACGUCAACAAAAUUGAAAACUGUUUUUGAAUGGCGCGUAUUUCACAAUAUUUUGCAGUUUUUCAAAGAAAGGUGUAGGCAAGUCAAGGAAAAACUGUCCAAAGAAGAGGGAUUUUCAAGACUCUUAGCCAAAAAAUGUUCAAAAUUUGUGAAGAGAUUCAAUAAUAAUUGAAUUAUAUGAGAAUUUUUUGAUAAGUUACUGUCGAAGUUUGAUGUUUUUCGCCAAAGUAGACCUUAUAUUGAAAACGAUUUCGAGCUAAAGGAUUUAUCAAAAUAUUGAUUGAUUUUCAUCCUGAAAGCGUUCAAAAAACAUUCAAUAUUUGACAAGUUUGUUUCUUUCGGAACCAAAUUCGGUUUCUGAUGCAGUUUCCCACCUCACGCAAUUCCCGAUUUGUUCCUUUCCGAUAAUCGCCGCCAAUUAGUCGACAGGUAAUAACUCACCUUCUCCAAAUGGACGUUUUUUCUCUCUCGGCGAACCGUCGUCCUUUGAUUGUAGUGGCCGAUGUUGGAGUAUUCUGUUUGUACGCAGAAGACAUCGAUUGCCGUGUUUCGACGCCUCGGUAAACAUCUUGACGGCCUUCUGAACGAGGAUGACUCAUUCUGCGUCAUCCUCUGAAUUCACUCUUUUUAUUUUCCCGCGCUUCCCCCAAAUUUCAUCACUGCUCUUCAGCCUCCGCGGUAUAAAACAGCAGAGCUCCAGAUGCUCCGCAGAUUUCGCGUUUUAUCUCUCUUCUCCCUUUUUUGGUUGAGAUUUUCAAAGUCAUGAAGUUUAGAUACCGACACUCUUUUAACUUUUUGAAAAUCAUGCCAAAUCAAGUGAUUAUUUGAAAAAAAAAAUCAAGAUAGAUAUCGCUAAUUUUUAUUAAAACUCAGUUUGAAUUUUAAUAUUUGGCUCUGAAAAAAAGCAACUCAAAAGUUAAUUAAAGAUGUACAGCCGAGCUUGUCGGUUUCUUUGAAGACAAACAAUGGCGGUGAGAAUUUUCGCGGCUGAAAAGACGUCGCUCAGUUUCUUUCAGUUGGAAAAAGAGUCAAAAGACAGCUAGAAGUUGGUAAAUAGACUGAAUUUCCCGAGAUAAAUAAGUCCAAAAUUUGACAAGGAAUUUGUUAUUUGAUCUACUCCUGUUUGAAUUCCCCCGAAAGGCCUAAUGAAAUGCAUCCGGCGAAAGUGCACUUUCUGGAGCUUCUGUUGAUUUCCUCAAAGCCUCUCUUCUCUCUUUUUGCUCCUCUCUUUUCCGUCAAUAGUUCUUUCCCAGUCGCCUCACGCUCUCUGAUCACAAAAAUAAAAACAACAAAAACGACGCGCCCGCGAAACUUCAAAAACGCCGAUUAUCGGCAAAAUAAUACUUUACUUUCACUUAUUUCCUGUCGGGACUGUAUUUCAAAAACAUUCACGUUCUGAUAAAACUCCGUUUUUAUUCCGAUUCGUAUGCUAAACUGUUAAGAAAUCAAAGUUUUUUUCAUUUCUUUUUGAUUGUUAUCGUUGAAAAAAAUAUUCCACUUUCCGAUUCAAAUUUACAAUGUUUCUUUUUUUGAAAGCAUUGUCUUCAAAGAAUAAACUAGAGAGCUCAAGAUUGAAUAUUUUUCGAAACUCAAAAUUUUCUGAAAAAAAUGUUUGUUACUUUUUUUAAAAAUUCGUUUAUUUCUGAAUAUGGACCGCAAAAGGGGUUUUCAGACUCACUCAGAGAUUCAUCGCAAAUAGGACGUACGCCGUGUUCAGAGAAAUUUCCGCGAAAUGCAAAAUUAUCUUUAACACUCCAGAAAUUAGGGCUUUGAAUUGCUUUUUUCAAAUUCGCGUGAGAAAAAACCUUUUUGUGUAUUUAAUUUUUCGUCGAUUUCAUUUCAAAAGAACGAAGCUUGAAAAUUAAUUAUCAUUGUUUGAUGACCGAUAUCUUUCAUUAUCGUUUUCCUCCACUUGAAGCCUUGAAUGAAUUCUGAUUUUUUUUUCAGUGAUGCUCGGAACUCCGUCGUUGAUCCCAGCCCCUGGCUUCAACGCCAAUCAGGACGCCGAGACUCUUCGGAAGGCGAUGAAAGGUCUCGGCUGCAACAACGCCAAGGUGGUCAGCGUCCUGUGCGCUCGGACCAACUCUCAGCGCCAGGAAAUCGCUCGCGCCUUCAAGGUCAUGUACGGCAAGGACCUCAUCAAGGUUUUUUGUAGCUUCUCCACUUCGAAUUAUCCCUUCUGACCUGUCUUAGGAUCUGAAAUCUGAGCUGAGCGGCGACUUCGAAGACCUGAUUCUCGCCCUGAUGGACCAGCCAGCCGUCUACGACGCUAAGCAGCUGCAUAAAGCCAUGGAGGUGGACUUGUCCUUCAGCCCAAAAUUUAAAAAAAAAAUCUUUUCCAGGGCCUCGGAACCAAGGAAUCGGUUCUGAUUGAGAUCAUGACGUCACGAACGAACCAACAGAUCGCGGCGGUGCGCGACGCCUACAGAGCUCUGUACAGAAGGGAGCUGGAGAAGGACCUGAUCGGCGAGACCAGCGGUUACUUCAAGGUUCGCCCUCCGUUUGUUUAUCGCCGUCGUUCUCCUAUUCGAUUCGCCACGGCUCUUCUGUUUGUUUGACACUCGAAACGCACGACAUUUUUUUUCGUCUGGUCUCCCAUACUUAAAGUUUUGAUGUCAGAGGAAAAAAUGAUAUCUCACACCCGAAAAAAAAAAUUCUCAGAAAAUGUAGGCCGAAAAAUCCGUGGGAAUCUGGGAGUGCUGAAAGCUUGAAAAAUGAGCUUUCCAAAGCCAAAGCAGAACAUUUUUUAUUGGAUCAGCUAAAUUUUCGAUUGACAUGUUUGAUUUUCGCACAAUUAUCCAAUGAGAAAAUAAUUAUCUACACGGUUAUUCGUUUGAUUAUAUCUGAAAAUUGAUGAGUUUCGAGGUUUGAACUUGAGGAUCUUGAACUUGAUUCCAGAGGCUUCUCAUCUCGUUGUGUGCCGGUGGACGUGACGAGUCCAACGGAACGGACCCUCUCCGUGCCAACCAAGACGCUCGAAGACUUUACUCGGCCGGCGAAAAACGCCUCGGAACCGACGAGGCCAUGUUCAACUCCAUCCUCGCAAGCCAGAAUUUCUCCCAGCUGCGCCUCGUUUUUGACGAGUAUCAGAAGGUUGGACUUCUAGUGAAGAUUUAGGAAAUUUUAAGGUUUUUAGGUUACGAAACACCCAAUCGAAAAGGCGAUUCAAGACGAGUUCUCCGGCGACGUGCGCGACGGACUUCUUGCCGUCGUCGCCGUGGUCCGCAACCGGCCGGCCUAUUUCGCCAAGCUUCUGCACGACAGCAUGAAAGGCCUCGGGACCCGCGACAACGACCUCAUCCGGCUCGUCGUCACGCGUGCCGAGUACGACAUGGUCGACAUCCGCAGCAACUUCCAAACCUUGUUCAAAACCUCGCUCGAGAACAUGAUCAAGGGCGACUGCUCCGGAGCCUACAAAGACGGUCUCAUCGCUCUCGUCAACGGUAACUCUGGUCGAUAA